AUGGCGCCCACCGUUGAGAUUGCUAUUCCGACCACCACACUAUCACCCACAUCCCCACCCCACACUGUCUACAGCAUCACCGUGCGCCUCCCGCUCCGCUCCUUCACCGUCUCCAAGCGCUACUCCGACUUCUCCGCCUUCCACGCCACGCUAGUCAACCAGACGAAUGCCGCGCCGCCAGUCGCUCUCCCAUCAAAAUCCUGGUUUUCGAACACAGUGAAAAAUGAACAGUUCCGAGAAGAGCGCCGCCGUGCCUUGGAACAAUAUCUCAGGGCGAUCAACGAGGCCUCCGACGGGCGCUGGCGCACGUCGCCCGCCUGGCGCGCAUUCUUAAACCUACCCAGCGCGGCAGCGGCCUCGAGCAACGGUACUUCCAAUACUUCUACCCGGCUGCAUGCAGCCAUCACCGACCCGGGUAAUGCAGCCAACGCACCGAUCACAGACCCAACGCUCUGGCUAGACUACUACCGCGACAUGAAGAGCCACCUCCACGAGGCACGAUUGCAGCUCUCCCGCCGAGAUCAAGAGACCACCCCGCAAAAGCAACACGAGAGCUCUGCACAAGCGAAGAGUAGUCUCGUGCGUGCAGGCACGAUGCUCUCCGCGCUAGACGACGGUCUCAAGAACUUCGGCCGCGGCGGGUCUUUUGAGGGUCUUGGCGACGGCGAGCUGCGCCGGCGCAAGGACCUGAUCAUCAACGCGCGCAAGGAAAAAGACGGUCUGGACGAUCUGAUGCAGGCGAUGGCUACCAAGAGCCGCCUCGACAGUGCCGUUGCUUCCGUGAAAGACAAGGAUGCUUUGCUUCGUGCACAGCAGAAUGACAACGAUACCGGCGGCCGCAGGACUCCGCGCUCGGGUCGUGUUCUUGGGAAGGAGACGGAGCGCACGCGCGAGCUCGAUAAUGAAGGGGUUUUGUUGUUGCAGCGGCAGACGAUGCAGGAGCAGGAUACUAGUGUGGAGCAGUUGAUGAAGAUUGUGGCGAGGCAGAAGGAACUUGGUGUUGCUAUCCAUGAGGAGUUGGAGGUGCAGAAUGAAAUGUUGAGGAUGGCGGAUGAGGAUGCUGAGAGAUUGCAAGCCAAACUCGAUGUUGGCAAGAAGCGGGUCCAGAAGAUCUCUUGA